AUGUGUCGCUUGCUAAUUUUUAUAAUAAUUAUCCUGUACUCAGGAAGGUCCCAGAGUUGGUCGGCCAGCGAGAUCGUACACCAGCUUAAUAAAGAUCAGGCACUACAGCUUAAUAUUUACUUGGCUUGCGGUGACAUGGAACUACAAUUUGAUCACAAAGUGCCGAAAUUAUUACUAAAUAGUUCUGUGGAGCAGCAGAAAGUACUGGGUAGAUUCAGCGAACGUGCUUUAAUCAUUGCCUGUUUUGGGGAAUCUAAAGAUAACCAAACUCUAAAUGGAAUAAAGGAACUGCUCUGGGGAUUGCAGCACUUACCCAUGUUGUACAUCGUUAGGUCCAACAUGGAUUUCUACUUUCAACAGGCUUUAAACAAGGGUUUUCUUCAUGUCCUGGCUCUGAACUUGUGGAAUGGAACUCUCUACACCUACACUCCUUAUCCCAGAGUAAAAAUUCAUCAUAUAAGGGAUAUGAAAAAGUUCUACGACUUGACAAAAUUGAAAAAUCUGCACGGAAAGGUGGUGCACACUUCCGUGGAAACGAUGACACCCCGAUGUUAUCACUAUAUAAACCGUCAUGGUAAAAAAGUCUAUGCAGGUUAUAUGUACAAGAUGAUAAAAACGUUUAUUGAAACCUACAAUGGCAUGGAAAAGCAUGUCUUUGGAAACUUGGAGACCAUUCCAUAUAAAGAGGGUUUGAAAGCACUAGCAGACGGUGAAAUCGAUAUGAUGCCGCGGAUUAUACACGCAUUGGACUGGAACUUUUUCUACCGCAGUCAUAUCUUAUACAAUAUUAAAACCUUUAUCAUGGUUCCUUGGGCCGAACCCUUGCAUAAAAGUCUCUACUUUCUACGACCUUUUGGCAACGCAGUUUGGAUAACUUUCAUCGUAAGCUUCAUCUAUGCCUCUUUUGUUACCUGGUGGAUGCGACACAGAGAGCGGGAGAACUCUUCCAUAUCUCGAACUUUUAUGGAUGUACUUCAGCUGCUGUUUCAACUUCCACUAACCAAAACAUGGCAUUUUAACCUGGGCUUGAAUCAGGUACUUAUUUUCAUCGUGCUCUUCAUCGUAGGCUUUAUUCUGACCAAUCUGUAUACAGCCCAACUAUCUAGUUUUUUAACUACUGGUUUAUUUAAAAGACAACUUAACAGCUUUGAUGAUCUAUUCCGUGAAAAGCGGACAUUAUUGAUGGAAAGCUUUGACGCUGAAGUACUAUACAAUAUGACAAAAGCGCAAAUUAUUCAAAAAGAAUUUGAAAAUAUAACCUUAGUUACCUCGAUAGAGGAGCUCUUUGAACAUCGGAAGAGCCUGAAUACCACGUAUGUCUAUGAGGCCUACGAGGAUCGCAUUGCAUUUGAACUGCUGCAGCAAAAGUUUCUCCGGGUGCCGAUUUUCAAGACAUUAAAUGAGGUCUACGACCAAAGGCCCGUUUUUGUAGCUCUUCGUCAUGGAUUGCCCUAUGUGGAACUGUUUAACGAUUACCUUAGGCGAAUCUGGGAGUCCGGCAUUUGGUCUAGACUAGAGAGGGAGUCGCUUUUUGAGGGAAUUGCUAGUGGUGAAAUCAGUUUUCGGAAGUCAAAGUCGCUGGAAAAGCAGGUUUUCGAUAAAGAAUUUUAUUUCUUUGCCUAUAUUUUACUGGGAGUGGGAUGGCUUAUUAGCACUAUUGUUUUUAUGGUGGAGAGAUUUAGAUUUUAA